UUCCAGACGAUGUCUUUAGGAAUUCUUACUUCGAAACUUCAAGCCAUUAAAAGCCUCAAAGACAGUGAAUACCUACAAUCAUUGAGAGAUCAUGAUUACGUCCAACGCAUCCAAGAUCUUGUUAAGUCUUUCUCUGGCACUGGUUUGCAGCCGAAUUAUAGUCACGUGACAUCGCGUAAAUCACGAGCUCAGCUGAUACGACUUAGCGCAGCUGUAUGCGGUAUAGAAUUGUGUUAUGCAGCAGAAACCGCAUUUGUAAGUCCUAUCCUGUUGAAAUUGGGUGUGCCGGUGGCAUUCAUGACUUUAGUAUGGUGCGUGAGUCCUCUUCUUGGUUUCUUCUUAGUGCCAAUUAUGGGAUCUUUGAGUGACAGGUGUCCAUUGAAGCUAGGAAGGAGACGUCCUUUUAUCUUAUUAUUUUCCUUAGGUAUAAUAGUUGGACUUAUUCUAGUUCCAAACGGUGAAGAUCUUGGAGUACUUGCUGGUGAUACCGGAACUGAUAUAAACACUGCACGUUCAAAUGACACAGCUACAAUACUUAAGAGAAUCAAUUCCACAAACAAUUUAGUUUUAUUUCAGAAUGGUACAAAAGCUAUUUUGCGGUCCGAUUUUAGCCCAGAAUGGCCUUCGCCUAGGAAACUUCCACAUAAACACGUUAUUGGAAUCAUUCUGACUAUUUUGGGCGUGGCUAUGUUAGACUUUAAUUGUGAUGCCUGUCAAUCACCAUGUAGAACAUAUUUACUUGAUAUUAGUGUUCCAGAGGAUCAUUCACGUGGUCUGACGUCAUUCACUGUAAUGGCGGGACUAGGGGGUAGCUUUGGAUAUUUGAUGGGAGGUAUUGAUUGGGAAUCAACCAGCUUCGGUGCCGCUCUGGGAGGACAUGUCAGAGUGGUUUUUACAGGUGUCCUUUUUCUUUUUAUCGUGUUUGUCUUUCUAACCUUGACAAGUUUUAAAGAAAUACCACUAAAAGAUCUAGGAUUUACGAAAGAGCAAACACAGAAGAAGAAUAAGACCGUGAAAAAAGCAAAGUACAAAAAGUUUGUGAACGAAAGUUCUGAAGAAGAAACUGAAUGGAGUGAAACUGAGCAUGUGAAAGAGAAAAAUGUGUCUUAUGGCGCAAUGCAUGAAGAAACUUCUGACAGCAUGAACAGUGUUAAUAAAUGCGAUAAAACAAAUAAACAGUGGAAUGAGCACGAACAUUCUGUCGAAUCAAAUGAUGUUUCCGUCCAGGUAGACAACAAUCAAUCCGAAAUUAAUCAAAGGCCUCCGCUAAGUAAAUCUUUAUCCGAAUAUAGGGAUUUAUCCGAAGAAGUGUCACUAAAAACAUACCUUCGCUCCAUAGUAAGGAUGCCCAGAUCACUGCUGAUUCUUUGUUUGACAAACUUAUUCUGCUGGAUGUCGCUAGUGUGUUACUCUUUGUAUUUCACAGACUUUGUAGGUCAGUCAGUAUAUGGUGGGGAUCCACAAGCACCUGUUGGCAGUAGCAAGCACCUACUAUAUGAUGAGGGAGUUCGGUUGGGGUCACUAGGAAUGUCACUAUACUCAUUCUCAUGCGCUCUGUAUUCUUUAGCCGUCGAAUAUCUUGUUGAAAAAUUUUCGGCAAAGCAUGUGUAUGUAUUUGGACAGUUGGUAUAUACCGUUGGAAUGGUGAUACUAGCAAUAAGUCGUCACCCUGUGGCUGUGAUUUUGUUGUCACCGUGUGCCGGUAUCAUGUAUGCUACAUUGUUUACCAUGCCCUACCUGCUUGUCGCCCACUAUCAUUCUAGCGGGAAGUUCAGCAAAGACGAUGAAAAAGGAAGCGCAAACAUCCGGGGACUUGGAACCGAUGUCGCUCUCGUCAGUAGCAUGGUAUUUUUAGCCCAAUUCAUACUCUCAUUAUGUAUGGGAAGCCUUGUACAUUUUGCCGGAAGUACUGUUACUAUAGUGAUUGCUGCUUCCGUGUUAAGUUUCUGCGGAUCUGUUUGUGCAACCCAAGUUACCUACCUAGAUUUGUAGAACUCUCUGACAAACAUGUUAUAGAGGACACCAUAGUGUUUUUGUAAAACAUGUAAGAACAUGUAUAUAGAGAUUAAAUAUAU